AUGGGUAGUAUAGCAACAAAUACAUUUGAAAAUUUCCCAGCGGGUGGAUUAGACCACCUCGCUGGAGCGAUUUAUCAAUUCAUAGCCGACACUGACACCAACAGAACUGACCUUCUCGUGGGUGUAUUCAAGACGGACGAAGGGAAGGCCUACAUUCAGCCUACUGUGAAAAAGGCAAAAGAGAUAAUAUUUAGUGAUCCGAAUUGGCAUCAUGAAUAUCGGAUGUCGGCCCUAGGUUCAGAAAACUACAGGAACUUGAGCACCAAGUUGCUUUUUGGGACCGAUCAUCGUCUUGUGAAAGAGAAGAGGAUCAUUACUACGCAAACACUUGGCGCGUCUGGUGGGUGCCAUGUUGGAGCUGUGACAUUGAAAAAUCACUACGGACCUUGGAAAAAGACUGGAAAUGCCGAGAUUUUCCUACCAAAUGAAACCUGGUUGAAUCACCCUCACGUAUUCCAGGCUGCGGGGAUCAAGCCUACUUUUAUUCCCUACUUCAGCAAAAAGACGAACAAAUUCGACUUUGAGUCUUUUACGGCCGCCAUCAAAGCAUUGCCAGCUCAAUCUGUCGUUCUCCUACAGUCCAGUGCCCAGAAUCCCACUGGAUGUGAUCCUUCACCGGAACAAUGGAGUGAACUGGCCAAGAUCUUCUCUCAACGCGGCCAUUUGGCAUUCUUUGACGCGGCAUAUCCCGGCUUUGCGUCGGGGGACAUCGAUGCCGAUCUUGCAGGUGUCCGUUUGUUUGCCGAGCAGGAAAUCCCUCUUGUACUUGUAUCAACCUACGGUAAAUGCUUUGGGCUUUACAGCGAGCGUGUGGGAGUUUUAUCUAUUGUUGUUCCAGAUGUUGAAGUGGGGAAGAAGAUUGAAACCCAAUUAAGACUGCUGGCACGGGCUGAAAAUGGCUCACCACCUGAUUUUGGACCCAAAAUUGUCGAAACAGUUCUAUCAGAUGAGAGUCUGGAACGCAAUUGGAGACAGGAAGUACGUGGUAUGGCGAUUGGACUUAAGAGUCGCCGGUCUACGCUAAGAGCGGCUUUGGAGAAGUUGGAAACUCCGGGUGACUGGCAGUAUAUCACUGACCAGAAUGGAAUGUUCUCAUAUGUUGACUUCUCCCUAGAACAAGUCAAUCUGCUCAGGAACAAGCAUCAUGUUUACCUUCAGGAUUCUGGGAGAAUAUCCAUCGCUGGACUAAAUCAUUUCAAUAUCGAUUACACUGCUCGCAGUAUCAGUGAUGUCAUCAAAUCAACAGCCCCGAGGUAG